AAGUGGGCGCGUUGCCUCCGGGACCGCUCUGCUCUACCGCUCUUAAGAAAGGGGAAGGGGAAAACAUGACACGGAUUCUCCCGGUGAAGCAGAGGAAAAUGUACAUCCCGACGACAUCUUCUCACCCAGUGUCAGCAGCGACCUCAUGGUGAAUGGAGAACUUGUUUGCUCAAGGCUCUCUCUCUAAGUGAGCCGAGCACUGUUUCCAUGCCAAACCCUGACGUGAUGGGCAAUUGGGCACCUCAGAUUAGGAGGGCUGGGACGCUGCUUUGGUGUUGCAAACAGAUUGCUAACUGAUCCUGCGAGGACACUGCCCCCUGCCCUCUUCUCUGCCUCUGCUAUGAACACUUCUGCUUUCAGCCUCCCCACACCGGCAGUGUCGGAGGAGGGGAAUGCCUCUAGCAGCUGGGAAGGCUUCACCACCCCCAACAGCUCCACCACUGUCAGCCCUGGUGUAGUUGUCAGCGGUGUCCUCAUCCCUGUGGUCUACCUCAUUGUCUGUGUGGUGGGGCUGGCUGGAAAUUCUCUGGUCAUUUAUGUGGUCCUGCGGCACUCUGUGAGUGAGUCGGUGACCAACGUCUACAUCCUGAACCUGGCCCUAGCUGAUGAGCUCUUCAUGCUGGGCCUGCCAUUCCUGGCUGCGCAAAAUGCCCUCUCCUACUGGCCGUUUGGUUCUUUCAUGUGCCGCCUGGUGAUGGCCGUGGAUGCCAUCAACCAGUUCACCAGCAUCUUCUGCCUGACGGUGAUGAGUGUUGAUCGCUACUUGGCAGUGGUCCACCCAGGGAAGUCCUCCAAAUGGCGGACAGCACGAGUGGCCAAGGCUGUGAGUGCAACGGUGUGGGUGCUGUCUUCAAUAGUGGUGCUGCCCGUGGUUGUCUUCUCAGACGUCCCUUUAGGGAUGAGUACGUGCCACAUCCAGUGGCCAGAGCCAGCCUCGGUGUGGAGAGCUGGCUUCAUCAUCUACACUGCUACGCUGGGCUUCUUUGGACCACUGCUGGUGAUUUGUCUCUGCUAUCUUCUGAUUGUUGUGAAGGUUCGUUCCUCUGGCAGGCGGGUGAGGGCUCUGUCCUCCAAGCACAAGCUUUCAGAGCGCAGAGUGACCCGCAUGGUGGUGACUGUUGUGGCUGUCUUCGUCCUUUGCUGGCUCCCCUUCUAUGUCCUCAACAUAAUCAAUGUUGUUUGCCCACUGCCAGAGGAGCCGUCCCUCUUUGGUGUCUACUUCCUUGUGGUGGUGCUACCGUAUGCCAAUAGCUGUGCCAAUCCUAUCAUCUAUGGCUUCCUCUCCUACCGCUUCAAGCAGGGCUUCCAGAGGGCCAUCUUCAGGCCAUCCCGCCGAGUCCAGAGCCAGGAGGUGCCAGCAGGCCCCCCAGAGAAGAUCGAUGAUGAAGGGGAAGAGGGCGAGAUCAGCAAGAUCACCCAGAAUGGAAAUGGCAGGCAGGAGCGCCCUCUAAGUGGUGAAGAAGGAGAGAGCAAUGAGCAAAAACCACUCCCUGAGCAGCCUGUGGGAUGUGAAAAGAGCAACAAGUUGCAUGUCAGUUAUUUGUGAUGAAAGGGAUGGUGUAGGGGAAAGAGACAUUGGAAUAUGAGGUCCCCUUCACCUUAUCUGCUUUUCAACCUCAAAGGCAAUGGGAGACAAAGGCAUAUUAAAGUCCAAGAGUCUGUUUAAAGAUGAAGAGGGCUCCAUGAACUUGUAGAAAAAGCAAGACAUUUUUCUUGGCUUUGGAAAAGACACCUGAGGUUUAUGUGGUACUGGGUAAAGAAUGGACUGCAUCCAGGGGGAGCUGAAGAGGUGCUGGGCACUGACAAUACAGAGAGAGCAAGAUCAGCCCUAGAUUGCAUGAUCUGUCCUUAAAUGACUCAGCUGUGGAGGGCAUCAGCUGCCAUCUGAUUGUAGCAUGUCAAGGAAGUUCCCAAAUGGCAUAUACUACACGUAGGCAUCCCAGUGUAGUAUCCUUGAUUAUCCUCCUUACAAACACAAGAAGUGGUUUACCCUGAAAGACAAACAGGGAGAAAAAAUGUCUGCAGCAAAGACAUACCAGCCAGUUGCAUGCAUGGCUGACCCCUCUCUAGCUCUUAAAAAUGCCUUGGGGACAGAUUUCCUGCCCAUGCUGGUCAUGGCUGGAGACUACUAAUUGCUCAAAACCUCCUCUUUCUUUUUAAGGCUCUCAUGGACUCUGGGCAGGCUGAUGGGACUUACCUGGGAGAAAAAAAUUGAACAUUUCUUUCUUGCAUCUCACAUUCUUCAGGGUUUUCCUGCUGCCUCUGCACCCCGGUGGGAGGUGUAACAAAGGUAGAGAAAAAGACAAUGCGACAUGAAUCAGAGGCAGUGUUUCUUACAAGCUGAAAUGCCCUUUCCCUUUUCCUCUCCCUAAGCCUCACUGUAAAUAAAAAAA